GCAAUCUGCAGUGCAGAGCAGUACUUGUCUUUCUUCUCCAAUCCCUUGUUCCUUCUGUUUUUUUCUUCUUUCUUUCUGCUUAAUUUUCUGUCUCUCUGUCUCUGUCUUUCCAAGAUCCAUAGAUUAGAUUUUAGUAGUGUAAAGAUUUUGGAUUUCUUAAUUGAAUGUUUGCUAGCCCAUCUAAUCUAGCUAGAGGGUGUGUGUUUUUUUCUCUCCCCCUCUAAUUAGAUUUGAUUAGAAAGUGCUAAUCAAUCGAUCCAGCUGGUAAUUUGCAGAUUUUGUUCUUCUUCUGCGAUCCAUUCCAUCCCAUCUUUCCCAUGGCGGCAACUUUGAACACACAGAGCUUAAACAGUAGUCAUGUUUGUGUUUUCCCACCCUCUGCUGAUCUCUUCUUCUUUUUCAGAGAGGAUCAGCAGCAGCAGCAGCAGAUGCUUCUGGAACUGGAAGCACUCUCACCUUUGAUGAACAGUGCUACUGUUUCUUCUUCCCAGCUUCACUUUCUUCCCCAAAUUUCUUCUUCUUCUUCUUCUUCUUCAUCAUUAUCAUCAUCAUCAGCGCAAUUCCAAUUUCAACGACAGCAGCAGCAGCAUCUCGAUUUCAAAUUAAUAAAUCAUGAGGAGCAGAGGACUUGGGGGUGUGUUGGGCCAAAACCUGUCCCAAUGAAGCUGCAGGGUGGGUGCAAGGGGGGAACAGUGACGACAACAAAUAAGAAGAAGAAGCUGUACAGGGGGGUGAGGCAGCGGCACUGGGGGAAAUGGGUGGCCGAAAUCAGACUGCCUAAGAACAGAACCAGGCUUUGGCUUGGGACCUUCGAAACUGCGGAGGAAGCCGCCAUGGCUUACGACAAGGCGGCCUUCAAGCUCAGAGGGGACGCCGCCAGGCUCAAUUUCCCGGACCUGAAACAAUAUUAUCUGAGCCUACAGCAGCAACAGAUCAACGAUGAUCAUCAGUUUAACAAGCAGUCCUCCUCCACCUCUGUGGAUGCCAAGCUUCAGGCCAUCUGUGAAACCUUGAGCUUGGCAGGUGAUGAUCAUCUGCAGAAACAGGAUUAUACCGGAGAAGGUGGAGUAGAUACUUGUUUUUCUAAUUCCAAGGAGGAUAACCAGCAGCAGCAGGAGGGAUUGAAGAACAAAAUUGUGAAGCAUGAUGAGUCGUCUUCGUCUUCGUCUUCUUCUGUGUCAUCAUCCUCUUCGACAUCUCCUCCAUUGGAUGAGGUAUCAUUAUCAGUAUCAGAGUCGUCAUUGGAAUCAUUAUUAUUCUCAUCAAGGUCGUCUUGUUCCAGCAGCUUGUUCGAGGAAUGGAAUGAUUUCUCAUUGCCUAAGUACCCGUCCAUUGAGAUAGAUUGGGCAGCUCUAUAAUCAUAAUCAUAAAAUCAUAAGUAUUGUAUUGUAUUUGUAUGUGUGUGAUUGAGUGGUGGUGGGUGGGUGGGGGUGGGGUUGGGGUCUGGCCUGCUGUGCUGUGCAAUGGAUUUUUUGGACAUUGGCAGAUAGCAGGUAGCUGCUACCCAUCAGCAUCAGCAUCAGCAUCAGCAUCACCUCUACCUGUGGUGUGUAUGUUGUCUUUCCUUUCCUAUAGUGGCUCACUCACUCUGUUGUUAAUACAUGCAGUUUUUAUGAAUGA